CCUCUCCCUACCCGCCCACCUCUAGUCUUGCCUUUAAAAAUGUCUCGCUCCCUGCCCCUGGAUGCCAUUUCCAUUGCCAUUGCCACCUCGUCUUCACACUCCCAGCAGGACCUCAUCAGCUUCCUCGCUCGAUCACAUUUCGCUUGCGCAGCAGCAGCAGAAGCAGCUAGCCAUGGUCAGGAAGCUCGCGCUCGCCUCCCUCUUCUUCAACGCCAGCGAGGGAAGCCAGUGCCUUUCCUCCUCGGCGUCCAUGUCCGCCGCCUCCUUCAGCACGGCGGCGUCGUGGCAGUGGCCGUCUUGCACGCAGGCGAGGACGCGCUCCUUCCGGGGCGACAACAGACCGGAGAUCGUGUCCAUGCGCCACGACGACACCAGCAGCAAGCGAGAGGAGCAGCAGGAGGGAGGGUACCAGUGCAGCUACAAGACGAGCAUGAACCCGGCCUACGUCCACGACUACUCAUCGGCCGGCGCCGCCGAUUGCUACUCCUCCAGCGGGCUCUCCGACUCCUCCGCGACCCAGAGCCUCUACCUCUCCACGGCGCCAGCAGAGCCCGCCGUGGCCGUCGCCGCAGACGAGGACGAGGCGAUCAUCCACGGACUCCGCUCCUCCACCACCCGCCGGCUCCUGUUCGAGCCCGAGUCCACGAGCUCCAUCGUGAAGACGAAAAAGGCGUCUGCGGCGGCGUUCGACGGCGCCACGGCGCUGGCCAUCGAGUCCGCUGACCCGUACGGCGACUUCCGGCGGUCCAUGGAGGAGAUGGUGCUGAGCCACGGCGCCGACGACUGGGGUUGGCUCGAGGAGAUGCUCGGGUGGUACCUCAGGGCGAACGGCAAGAAUACGCACGGUCUCAUCGUCGGCGCCUUCGUCGACCUGCUCGUCGCGCUCGCCUCCUCUGCUUCUGCUCCCUCCCCCGCCUGCUGCUCCUCUGGCUUGAAGCAGAGCCGGCAUCUUCAGGCUGCCAAGAUAGGCCGCGAACGCCACCGAACGCAAGCAGAGUAGGCGAAGGCGAGUGCUCAUCAGUCAUCAUCAUCAUCAUCAGGGCUAAUGCCGAUGUGUUGUGUGCAACUGAUUUGAUUUCGUUUGAUUCGUGACAUGACAAACAUCGAAUGGUGCUUGUUAAUUGAUAUCCAUCUUGCGAGCUUGAUGCAGAUGUAGCCGUUGACUGUUGUGUAAUAUAACUGUAUAUUCUUGUUAGGUCUCCAGACAGAGCUUAUUAGCUUCAGUGGUUGUUCGGUACUGAAUGGUUUGCGUAGUGAGUUAGCUUGGGCUUGGCGACACCUCAUUUCAGUUUUCAAACUUG